AUGAAGUCAGCUGCUGUAUUACUGUUCUGCCUUGUCGCAGAGUUCAACCUACAAAAUGUGGGUGCAGGAAAACAUGUGAUUGAUGGAACGUCAGAAAACAUUACAGCACAGCUUAAUGUUACGACUACUGUGGAUUCUGUCAGUGGAACACCGGCUCUCUACUCAGGGGAGACAAUUCUCCUUGAGCUUGGUGUGGAAGUUUUGGCUAAUGUCACAGGACUUGCAAUUCAGCUGAACUAUCCUGACAGGGUUUUCUCUUCAGCGAACCAAGGAGUUGAUUUUCCACGUGAAGUUUCAUUUUCAAAGGAAGGCUUUCUUAAUAGUUUCAAUAUCAACAGUGUUGAUGUCCAGGCCACUAACUUAAUUAAGUAUAAUUUUGGUGAUGCACUAGUGGGAUCUGGUUAUGGUUAUUUUACUUUAACAUGGAAAUUCAACAUGACAGCCGAAUUUGUGGAUGAUUUGCCAUUGAUGGAGAUUUCAGCAGUUGUUUAUGAUAGUCUGAACCAGGCAACACCCAUUCUAAAUUUAACCUCAAUCGUGGCAUACCUUGGUGCUGAUUUGAAAGUAAAUAUAAGGUCCAGUUUGUCAGAAGUGGAGGCUGCUGACCAAGUUGAUAUCGUCAUAGAAGUGGCUGUAGGCCUUGAUGCUACAGACCCAGCGGAGGAUACACAAGUCCAGGUCAUGCUUGGUAAUAGUUUGACUGCAGGACCUAUCCAGUACUUUGUCGGUACAUCUCUGGUUGAUAAUUCCUCAUCUGCGGUGAUAAGCCGAGAAGAUCUGGCCUCCACAGGCCUGACAGGCCUGACCCUCAACGCCUCACACUCCCUAUACAUCAUCACUCAGGGUGUGAUUAAGGACACAGUGGAACUGAACCAUGUCAUUCCAAUAAAUGUACACCUGGCUUACUUUGAUGGAAAUCGAUCAGCUCCUGAAAUAAAGAAGACAUUUGAUUAUUUCGGACUGAACACAAAAUCUCCUGUAGUGACUGUUAACCCACCCAAUCUGAACCCUGAGUUACCACUGGGUUAUCCGGUCACCAUGGAAAUCAGCAUUGUCAUGGGAAAGGGAAAACUUACAGGGCUGCAUGUUAAAAUGGAUGGUACCACAGAUACAACUGCCGGUCUGUCCUUGUCUGUUGCUCCGGUUUCCGUUGAUUCCCCAUCCGGUAUCACAGUGACAGACAAACCAGUCGACUAUUCCCGCCGCAGGCGUGCCACGACUGUGUCAGACACAGUGCUUCUGGGAACUUUCUACAACCCAAGCCUUAAUCCUGUUAACACACCUAUCACAAUUACAAUCAGCUUCCGUGUGUCAUCAUCUAACCCUAACCCUCCCGCUAACCUGCCAAUGUCACUCCUAGGUCAGCUGCAGGGUCAGAUGUUUGGAACAUCAACCACAUUCCUGUCCACAAGUGUGACACUGAUCAAGUCUCUGACUCUGUCUAAAUCUGUACAGUUAAUAGAUGGCACAUCGAACCCCAACAAGGUACUGUUUGAGGUUGUUGUUGAACAGCCCUCAUCUUCCAGCCUCUCAGCAUACAAUCUGCGGCUUCGUGACAACUCCUUACCUGGAAUGCAGGCUAGCACUGUGGACAACUUUUUCUACAACAGCGGUCCAGCCGGAUCCAACCUUGUCGUGUUCAACAAGAAUAGAAAUUUCCUCUUCACUGCUCCAAAUUUACCAUCUGGUGAAAAUAUGACCUUGAGGUAUUCAGCCGUUACAGAUGACGAGGAUGAAGUCAAUGAAGAUCUGAAACUUGUGUAUUAUGAAGCGAGUGUGACAUUCUAUACAUAUGACAGUGCUUCCUAUCCACCUGAAGCUGCCAUUGAACUGAAGGGAUAUGCCUGCAUCCUGAGGGAAUUUAUUGUUGAAACAUCAAUUUUCUACCAGCAGGGCUUGGCAGCUCUCACAUUUUUCAUUGCCCUGAUCGUCGGUGCUUUGGUGGUCAUCCUCAUCAUCUUUAUUCUUAUUCGUGUUUGCAAGAAAAACCUCACAGGCUCCAUAACUCCUAAUUCAGCUGUUGAUGACAUGGUGAAAGACAAAGGAAAUCGUCUGUUAGUUGAUUCCUCGUACAUGAGAAAAGGUGGCAAUACCAUAACUGAUUUAAGCAUGGUUGGAGUAAAUGAUAGCAUUGUUUCAGUUCUGGCACUGAAGGAUAAAUUACAGAUGUACAGAGAAAUUGACAACCUGGAUAUCCUGAGUACGAUAACCGUGGAUACAGAGAUAGAGGCCGAGCGUAACAAAUCCAUGAAUGACGCCAGCGUGUUACUGAUCCGGGGAUUGAGAGUCAACAACGAUAUCACCAAGGACACAGAGGACAAAGCAGUAGGGAUGUUUCAAGCUAAUGAGCGCAACCUUGAAAAGAGGUUAGCAGAGGAAUACAGACUGGACUCAAAUAUUAUCUUCAAGGAUAUCAGCAUAAAAAACAAGAAUAAGUUGUCUGAGUUGAUCAAGCAUCAGAGUGAAGAGAAGCGGAGAGUGGUGGAGGAGACAGCUGCCAUGGAGGAGAAGGAUCGCCGUGAGCUGAUGGAUAUGAUGGACCAGCAGCAUGAGUCAGAACAAAACGAGGUCACCUAUAAGCUGAAAUUGGAGCAGGACGAGUUAACAGAGAAACUGAGAAAGGAAUAUGCUGUUAGGAAGAGAAUGGGUUUGAAAGAAUUACAGCAGCAGCUUAUCAACGAAACGGUCAGCCAGGGUAAGCUGAACGAGCAGCAAGCUGAUUGGUUGAUAAAGGAGCACCAGAAGGUGCAGGCGGCCAUAGACAAGAUGUAUGACGAUGAGAUUUCCAGACAGAGAAUGAGUCUGGAGGAGAAACUAGCAAGGAGGAGGGCACUUGCUCAUGCCAGUGAUAUGCAGGAGGAUGAUGAGAGUGAUAUCCUGAACACCAUGGCCGGUCACCAGUUACAGACCAUCAAGGACAUAAAAAAGAAGAGAGCCAUGUCUGCAGCAUCAGCCGAGCAGUACAUUGAGAAGCUGAAGUCUGACAUGUUACAGCUGAAGAAUCAGAUGGACAGGGAGCGGACAAAGCAGGAGCAGGAACUGCAUCAGAGGCUGAGUGCCCUCAAGGCCAAGAAACUAGCUGAACUGGCUAAAAAACAGGAAGAAGAACUGAAUAAUUUCAACAAGAAGAAUCAAGAACAGCAAACAGAUGGUCCUGUGGAUCCGCUGUCAUACAUCGGAGCACGGCAGCAGAAGAUGUCAGAGAUCCGCAGUGAGAAAGAUGAAAUAGAGAGUGAGAUGGACAUGGAACAUGCGGCUGAACUCCAGAGUCUAAGGAAAUCACUGGGUCAGCAGACAGAGAGGCAGAUGCAAACUAUGGAGGACCAGACACUAGAGAAACUCAAGGCAGAAACAGACCUAACAGAUGACCAGGUGAGGAAAAUCCUGAAACAACAUGAACAAGACACAGAGAGAAUGAAGAAUAGUCAGCAAGCAGAGAGAGAGGCUCAGAGACAAAAACUCAGGGAAAAAUUGAUUAAGAAUAAACAGGAAGCCUCACAGAGAAGAGAAGAGGAGCGGUUAGAACAAGAACAGCUCAGAGAACAUGAAACAAAUGUGGUUCAAAAACUCAUCAACAAUCAGCUGUCAAUGAGUGAAGCUGAACGAGACAAAAUUCUGAAAGAACAUGAAAAACAGAUGGUUCAGUUGGAGAACAGUCUUACGCUGAAUAAAUUACGACAGAAAAAAAAUGUUGGAAGAGAAAUUGCAGAAAAAAGGUCACAGCAAAUGGAAAAGCUUCAAAUGAAACAGAAUAGAGAAUAUAAGAAAUUGAGACAAACACUGGAGAACAAUGGAGAAGAAUCUGAUGAAGAAGGCGUGAAAGUUCAGCUGGCCAUGAUGAAACGUCACACUGAGCAGAAACUGGCUGUGAUACAGGGCCAGAGGAUGGACAUUGAUACAGAAUUAGAGGGGAUUCGUAUAGAAAUGAUGAAGGAAAGAGCUGUAGCUUUGAAAGAGCAAGAGGAGCAACUUGGUGCCAUGUUAGCCACUUUGCAGAUGGAGAAGGCCAGAGAGUUGGCAAAGAUAGAGCAGCAACAAAAGGCCAUCAACAACCUGAAGCUGAACCUGAUGGAUGAUCUGACUGAUAGGGGUGUACUCUCUAACCCAGAGUGCCAGAGGGUCAUUGACGUUCAUAAACAGGAGCAAGAAAAUUUGCAGAAAAAGCUUGAUUCCCAGAGAAUCAAACAAGAGAAGGUGUUACGCCAGCGUCUUCAACAGCGCCUGCAGGAAAGAGAGCAAUUGAUUGGUCAGCUGCAAGAAAAGGAAAUAGAAUCUGCAUCACGCACACUACGCAACAAAACCUCAAUAAAAGUGAAGAAGAUGCUGAUGAUGACAAAACACAUGGUAGCUUCAGAGAAAUUCAGGAACCAGAUGGAGCGUGAGCGUGACCAGACAUUAGAGAGUCUCAGACAGCAGUAUGAGGUGAUGAAGAUGAAGGCCAUGCAGGAACAGGAGUUGAAGUUUAUAUCAGGUCUGAUUCGUCUGGGGCGAUUCAGAAAGUCUGAGUUGUCCAAUGUGGUCAAGUUACUGUUCCCUGGUCGAUCUCCUGACGAGGCCAACAGACUACUACAGAUCAUGUGUGAGCAUGCCGACAUGGAGAAGACUGAUCUGGAUAAAGAUGACACAAGUCUUUUGAGUGACACAGCCACCAGCCGAUUGGAGGAGAGAAUCAGAGUUGCAACCUUGACCUCCCCAAUGAACUCAACAAUGAAUUCUACCUCUGGAUCAAUGUAUGGUGAUCUACGCAAAGGAAGCAUGAAGUCUACUGGAAGAAAAGCCAGUCGAGCUAAGCUACGUCGACCUCAGUUGAAAGAUGACAACUUUGAUUAUGAUGAUGAUGAUACUGAUGAUCUGAACAUGUCGUACAAAAGUUUAAGCCGACCAGAGCCCCUAGGACAGGAUCAUAAUGAGGGUUACGUAGAAGCGACGCUUACAUAUGAUGAUGAGUCGUUCCUGAACAGAAGACGGUUACCCGUUCCUCCCCAAGGGGCUUUGGAGCCCAUUGAAGUCAAACCAAAACGCAAGAAAAAGAAGAGCACAUUAAAGAAGUUAGCAAAUCGUAAUGCUGGUUUUCGUGGGGAGGACGAAGCAGAAUACUCAGUGUAACCCAAUAUUAAAAGAUUUUGUGUGGUUUGAAUUGUUUGCUACCCUAGUUUUGCAACUUGUUAUAUAAAUUUUAUAUACGUGUACAUGUGGAACUGUUUCAUGUACCCAGAUAAUUUAAUUUAAUAAAUAAUAAAUAAAUCAGAAAUAUUGUAUAUUUUAUGCCUUGAAUGCUGAGAAAGGAUCAUAGAUUUUUUUAAAAUCAUGAUCACGUCAUAUGGCAGCAGCAAAAUAUUUUUGGUCAUUCCACUUGGCUUAAUUAUGCCCUAUACUGUUAUUUCUGUUUUAUAUUUUCUAAGAUGUGGUACUUUAUAUGCCCCUAUUUUCUUAUACACUAUUAAUAUAAUUAUUUUGCCCUAUAUUUACCUGCACUUACCCUAAUUCUUCAACCUUUUCAACCAUGACUGCGACUUAUUAUUUGAAACAUUUUAAGAUAACUACAGAGCAGGUGUACAGAAAUAAUUUGCACUGUUCUUGGAAAAUCUGCAUC